AGAUGCUUCUUCGGCAGCUUAGGGUUAUAAUAGCAGAGAGGCGGAGACUAUCUCUGCAACUCUCCAUCUUUUACAACGGGAAGGGAGAGUGGAGAGUUUUGGUCUACGAAAGUGAGAAAUAGCAAUGGCGGAUGGAAUCAUCUUGGGUGCAGUAGCUGGAGAGGUGUUGCAUCAGAUAUUAGAUAUGACGUAUAAGGUCAUGAGUUUCAGGGAAGAUGUUCAAAAGCUUCAAGAUACUCUCCAACAUUUGGUUCCUCUUGUUAAAGAAGGGAAGGAUUUGGAUUUGGAGUUGACCGAUCAGAAGCGGAAAGGGAUCGUGAAAUUUGAAAAGAAGUUGUCGCAAGGGAAAGAGCUUAUCGAGAAGUGCCUCAAGAUCUCGUCUCCGAACUUCAUACAGAAGAUCCGUUACUCCAAUAAAAUCUCCGAUUUGGAUGACGCUAUUCGUAGGUUUUGUGGGCUGGAGUUGCAGGUCGAAAACUGGCGUGACAACAAAUUGCUUCUAAAGAAGAUGGAAGAGCUUACAGCGCAAGUGCGACUGACACAGAUUGGGGGUAUGGGGGUGGCUGUGGGUGUGCCGGUGGGUGUGGGUACCCUUCGUAACGAAGGUUUGUUUAAGGUGCCUGACCUCCCAGGUAGUGUUGUUGGAUUCGAUAUACCUCUCAAAGAAUUGAAGAAUGAAUUGUUCAAAGAAAAUGUAACGGUGCUUGGACUAUGUGCUCCUGGGGGAUGUGGGAAGUCGACAUUAGCUGCCAUGCUUUGCCAAGACGAAGAAGUUAGAGGCAGAUUCAAAGGUAAAAUAUUCUUCGUAACUGUUACAAAGACGCCCACCUCAAGGAUCCCACAGAGACUACUUGAAGAGAUUGGUGAUAGGGUGCCUGUGUCCGACCUGAGUGAUGAAGAUGCAGCUAAGCAAUUAUGUCACCUUCUGACGCAGAGAAAUUCAGAGCCAUUAUUGUUGGUUCUAGAUGAUGUUUGGGACGAAUCGAUUAUUGAGAAGUUUUUCUAUGGAACAGAAGGAUAUAAGUUGCUGGUUACAUCAAGAGAAGCAUUCAAAAUAUAUAAUUCUAGGUAUCAUUCUAAAUAUAUUUUGAAAACGCUCAGUCUCCAAGAUUCCACGACUCUCUUUCGUAAAACAGCACUGUCUCAAGAUAGGAAUGAGGACUACGAGCCGGAUGAGGAUAUUCUAAAUGAGAUAGUAAGAUGCUGUGAUGGUUUCCCACUCGCUAUAACAGUGAUUGCCAAAUCUCUGUACCAGCAGCACCCAGUGAUAUGGGAAAACAUGGCUAAGAAAUUGCUGAAAGGUUCCUGCAUUCUUGAUUUUGAUAGCAAAUUGCAGGAAAGGCUUGCAGCAAGCUUGGAUUCAUUGGAUCCAAUAGCUUUACAGUGUUUUAUGGACUUGAGUUCCUUUCCUGAAGACAAAAGGAUCCCUGCCUCUGCUCUGGUCGAUAUUUGGUGUGAGCUUUAUGAACUAGAUUAUGAAAGUGAGGCCUUUGCCAUUCUUAUUGACCUUGCCUCUCGAAAUCUUAUUAAUUUGGUUGGAAGCAGGAAAACUGCCACACAGAUUGUUGCUAGCUUCAAUGAGCUAUUUGUCACCCAGCAUGAUCUGCUUAGAGACCUGGCUAUCUACCAGAGCCGGCAGCGACUUAUCUUGUACAAAAAGGAAAAAAGCCUUCCUGAGAGCUGGAAAAAACAGAACCACUAUUUCAACCCCCUUCUUGUUUCUCUUGGCACAGGUGAAAUGUUUGUAGGAAGCUGGUAUGACUUGCAGCUUCCGGAAGUUGAGGUGCUGAUUCUGAAUUUCUCUACAAGUAACUAUGCCUUACCCCCAUUCAUGGAAAAGAUGAGGAAGCUAAAGGCUCUUAUUGUUGUAAACCGUGGACGGACCCGUGCCAAGCUGAGCAAUUUGAUAAGACUUAGUGAAUUGGUUAAUGUAAAGAGGAUCAGGUUAGAGAAAGUCUUGAUUCCUUCCCUUCAUGAAUUCACAAUGCCAUUGAUGAAUUUGCAGAAGAUAUCUUUAUUUAUGUGUGAUUUGGACCAAGCUUUGAUGAAAUGCACCAUCAACGGCUCCUAUGUGUUACCUAAUCUUGUUGAGAUCAACAUCGAUUACUGCCAUGGUCUGGUGGAAUUGCCUCCGUGGAUCUGCGAUCUCGUCAAUUUACAGACACUCAGCAUUACUAACUGUGAUAACUUAUCUGCACUAACUGAGAGAAUUGGAUUAAUAACAGAUUUAGACUUGUUAAGGCUGCACGCAUGUACUGGAUUACAUACGUUACCAGACUCGAUAAAAAGACUCCAGAAGCUGAGGUUCCUUGAUAUAUCCGAUUGUUGCAACUUAAAAAUGCUGCCUGAUGGGAUGGGUGAGUUACAUUGUUUGAAGAAGCUUGACAUGAGAGGUUGCAUAGAACUGAGUGAAUUGCCACCUUCAGCCAUGAAUCUUUUUCAAUUAAAGGAAGUGAUCUGUGAUGAUGUAGACGGAGCUAGUCUUUGGGAACCUCUAUCAUCUAGUCUAAAAAUAACUGUGCUUGAAAGAGACAAUAACUUGGAGUGGCUAGGAGUUGAUAUUUGAUUACUAUCUUGACCGAAUCCUGGAGGGGCAAACGGAGGAGAAAUGGUCAAAAGCAGAAUUUCAAUCAAUAAAAGGGAAGAAUAUAGACUUGUACCAUAUUUUUUUUGGAUAUUUUAGUUUUACUCCUCUUUCCAUUUUAGUUGGGAUUUGUCUGUUCUCUACAGUUGUGUUUUCCCAUAUUGCAUAAUUUAUGUCCACCUACUACUUGUUUUCUAUGCAAAAUAGAAUCACUUUGUUUCUAUGCAAAAUAGAAUCUGUGCAGUGACUGUUUUGUUGUGUAAA